AUUCCACUAUGUUGCAGAGCGAUAAAGAAGAAAGAAGAAAACUGGAAAUAAUCCCACAAAUGGUACUAAAUUUCUAGUCUAUGUGUAGGUAAGGUUUCGUUUCUUACAGUUCGUAUCUGCAGGCGCUUCCGAACUAGCAAACUGUCGAUUACCCUAGUUUUAAGCUUGUCAUCGUCGGCGAUGGUGGUACUGGGAAGACUACAUUUGUUAAACGGCAUCUUGCAGGAGAGUUCGAGAAGAGAUACGAGCCGACUAUUGGUGUUGAAGUUCAUCCCUUGGACUUCUUCACUAACUGCGGAAAGAUCAGGUUCUAUUGUUGGGAUACUGCUGGUCAGGAGAAGUUCGGUGGACGGAGAGAUGGUUAUUACACGAUUGACAUACAAGAAUGUUCCAACAUGGCACAGGGAUCUUUGCAGGGUGUGCGAGAAUAUUCCAAUUAUUUUGUGUGGAAACAAGGUUGAUGUCAAGAACAGGCAGGUGAAAGCAAAGCAGGUCACAUUCCACAGGAAGAAGAAUCUUCAAUACUAUGAGAUCUCUGCAAAAAGUAACUACAACUUUGAGAAACCUUUCCUGUACCUUGCCAGGAAACUUGCUGGGGAUCCUAACCUCCAUUUUGUUGAGUCUCCUGCUCUUGUUCCCCCAGAAGUACAAAUUGACAUGGCCACACAAGAACGGCAUGAAGCUGACUUGAUAGCAGCCGCAGCACAGCCUCUUCCUGAUGACGAUGAUGAUGCAUUUGAUUAAUUAUCUCUGUUUUCUUUUUCCUUUUUGUCGCCUGCUGGCAGUUAAUGUUUCUUUGGGUGUCAAAUGGCUUGCGGGUUCUAGUUUUCUGACUUUUUGUGUCUACGCGUGCCUUUAUAUUUUUCUUUGUUUUUCUACAUUCUCGUUUCUAGAGGGAUCCUGGAACCUUUUUAUAACUGGUGUCUGGGGGCACCUUUUGGGGAUUGAGGUGUCUUGAUGCAAAAAUGUUUUCAAAAUCCAUGUAAUUUCAUUGUAAUAUGAGAAUGAGAUGAUCUUAA